AAUCAGAAAAAAAAAAGUAAUAUUAGUAGCCUCUACCGGAAGUGUGUUUGUUGACGAUUCUGUCGGAAGCGGAAAAAGGCAGCAGUUAGCAUUAGCCGAGUCAAACCUUACACGUCACUGAUACAGUAGGAUGCGUCCACCAUGUCGCUUAAGGACAUGCUGCAGGAGAGAAUCGGCGUGGCCAAAGCCUUGUGUCAAAGGGCCGAGCAGCUGAGUCCCACCGUGGAAGGUCGAGGCAAGUUGUGCAGCAAACUGCGAGCCGAGCUGCGUUUCCUGAGGCGAGUGGAAAGCGGCGAGCUGUUCGUUAAAGAGUCACAUUUGCACAGCACCAACCUGACCCACCUGACCGCCAUCGUGGAGUCUGCCGAGAGCCUUGAGGACGUAGUUGCUGUGUUGCACGUCUUCUCCUACCAGGACGCUGCUGGCCGCAAGCAGACUCUGGUGGUGGACGUGGUAGCCAAUGGUGGGCACACCUGGGUCAAGGCGGUGGGCAGAAAGGCCGAGGCCCUACACAACAUCUGGCAGGGACGGGGCCAGUAUGGCAUCAAGAGCAUCAUCCGGCAGGCGGAGGACUUUGUGGAGGCAAGCCACCAACAGCCUGUCCAAUACCUCCACCCCCAUGUCGUCUUCGCCUUUUACAAUGGUGUCUCCAGCCCCAUGGCCGAACGCCUAAAGGACAUGGGCGUGUCUGUCCGCGGGGACAUUGUAGCCGUAAACACAGUCCCGACAGAGGACGAGUGUGGGGGUGAGGACAAUGAGCAACACAGUGAGGAGGAAGAGGAUGAGUCCGAGCUAACCAGAGUGGAUCGCGGCACCGUGGUGGCCAGCCUGGCAUUCCCUACGCAGGUCCACAUCGAGGAGUGUCCCCGCGUCAACCUGGACAUAACCACACUCAUCGCUUAUGUUUCUUCUCUGAGUCAUGGCCGCUGUCACUUUACCUUCAGGGAGCACGUUUUGACCGAGCAGGCGGCUCAGGAGCGCCGCCAGCAGGUUUUACCACACCUUGAUGCCUUUAUGGCAGGAAAGGAGUUGUACGCUUGCCGCGCCGCUGUUCAGGACUUCCAGCUCAUCCUGGACACACUGGGCGGGCCCGGCGAGAAGGAGCGCGCUAGUCAGCUGCUGGCCCGCCUCCACUUGGUGGACGACAGCCCUUCAGAGCGGGCUCUGGGCCUCACGCCGAGUGCCAAAGUGAACCGCCGCUCCCUCUUGAUUUUUGGCACUGGUGACUCAAUACAAGCGGUCACCAUGACGGCAAACAGUCGCUUUGUCAGGGCAGCGGCCAAUCAGGGCGUACGAUUCAGUGUGUUCAUCCACCAACCGCGAGCACUGACUGAGGGCAAGGAGUGGAGGGCUACACCCGUCAGCGUGGGGGCUGAUGGGGGUUUGAGUUAACAAAGUUCAUUAUGUUCAAAGUUUGACAGAUUGGGUAUCUGAGUUGAAUAAAGCAUCUGGAA